CUCGCCGCUACCAAGAUGGCGGACAAGGUACUCGGUGCUCUAGCAGAUAGCGCUCUACAUUUCGGACAUGAUCUAUUAUCGCUCUAAGGCCCUAUACCUUGUUGAAAAACACCAAGGGAAAGAAGAUGGAACAGGAUUUUUAGCUAAAUUUGAUCAAACCCUCUGUAUUCGGCUCUACCAGCGGCUACAGCCAGGCCAGGCUACAGCCGUUAUUAUUCAUCCAUCCAUCCAAUAUGGCGGCGACCAUAAGCAACGUUGUUUGGUGACUGCGUACGUAACGUGCGUAGUUUAUUUGGUAUUGCCCCCCAGAAACGCGCAGUUCUCUUCACCUUCAAGUGCCGAAAAGUGUAAAUCGAAAUGGUGGCAAAGAAAGGUCUGAGCAAAGAGGAGGUUCAAAUGAGGGUGAUCUCGGAGAUUAUCAAGGAGCUUCUCGUAGCGCAAAAGGAGAAACGAGAUGUGAAUCUCAACAGCAUCAAGGGUUCAAUCUCCUCCAAGUAUGGACUUCAUUCUCAACCCAAGAUCGUCGACAUCAUCGCUGCCAUACCGGCCCAGUACAAGAAGGUCCUUCUCCCGAAGCUUAAGGCAAAGCCCGUGCGAACUGCAAGCGGAAUUGCGGUGGUUGCAGUCAUGUGCAAGCCUCAUCGAUGCCCACACAUCAACAUGACCGGAAACAUCUGCGUGUAUUGCCCGGGCGGACCAGACUCUGAUUUUGAGUACUCUACCCAGUCGUACACCGGCUAUGAGCCGACGUCUAUGCGGGCCAUCAGGGCACGCUACGACCCGUUCCUCCAGACACGCCAUCGCAUCCAGCAGCUGCGUCAGCUAGGCCACUCGGUGGACAAGGUGGAGUUCAUUGUGAUGGGCGGCACCUUCAUGUCCCUUCCCGAAGACUACCGGGACUGGUUUGUGCGCUCUCUACACGACGCCCUCUCGGGGCACACCAGCGGCUCGGUGGGCGAGGCCGUGCUGUAUGGCGAGCGGGCGCGCACCAAGUGCGUCGGCAUCACCAUCGAGACCCGGCCGGACUACUGCCUCAAGUGGCACCUGGGGGACAUGCUCCUGUAUGGCUGCACGCGUCUCGAGAUCGGAGUCCAGAGCGUCCACGAAGACGUGGCGAGGGACACCAACAGGGGCCACACGGUGCGUGCGGUGUGCGAGUCCUUCCGGCUGGCCAAGGACGCAGGCUUCAAGGUGGUGGCACACAUGAUGCCCAACCUGCCCAACGUGGACUUCGAGCGGGAUAUCGACCAGUUCGUGGAACUGUUUGAGAACCCGGCCUUCCGCAUGGACGGCCUUAAGGUGUAUCCUACCCUGGUAAUCCGAGGGACCGGCCUGUACGAGCUGUGGAAGACCGGCCGCUACCGGAGCUACCCGCCGGGUUUCCUGGUGGACCUCAUCGCCAAGAUCCUCGCCCUGGUUCCGCCCUGGACGCGCAUCUACAGGGUCCAGCGGGACAUCCCCAUGCCCCUGGUGACCUCUGGCGUGGAGCACGGGAACCUGCGGGAGCUGGCCCUGGCACGCAUGCGGGACUUCGGCACAAGGUGUCGCGACGUGCGCACCCGCGAGGUCGGCAUCCAGGAGAUCCACCACCGGGUGCGGCCCAACCAGGUGGAGCUGAUUCGACGGGACUACGUGGCCAAUGGUGGCUGGGAGACGUUCCUUUCGUACGAGGACCCCGAGCAGGACAUCCUGGUGGGGCUGCUGCGGCUGCGCAGGUGCUCCGAGGAGACCUUCCGGCCAGAGCUGAAGGGCGGGGCGUCGAUGGUCCGGGAGCUCCACGUGUAUGGAAGCGUGGUUCCGGUCAGUGUUCGUGACCCCACCAAGUUUCAACAUCAGGGCUUUGGAACGCUGCUGAUGGAAGAGGCCGAGAGGAUAGCCCUGACUGAGCAUGGCUCCAGCAAGAUCGCCGUCAUCUCAGGUGUGGGCACACGGAACUACUACCGCAAGUUGGGCUACGAACUGGAUGGGCCCUACAUGUCCAAGCAGCUUCCCACGGACCUUGUGAAGGGAUAAUAAAGAUGGGACGUAAACCCCUAA